AUGUUACGACGUAUCAAGAAGCAUGUUCAGAAGGAGCUUGGCGACAAAAUUGAGCUUGACGUUCAAUGCGAGUUGACCUACCGCCAGAGAGCGCUGUACAAAGGCCUGCGCGACAAGAUUAGCAUUAUGGAUAUUAUUGAGAAGGCUGCCUCCGGAGCGGACGAAAAUAACGCAACAUUGAUGAACCUUGUGAUGCAGUUCAGAAAAGUAUGCAAUCACCCGGAUCUGUUUGAGAGGGCCGAAACAAGCUCGCCGAUUGAUCUUGGAUUGUACCCUAUUCCUAAGAUUCUUCCUGAGCCUUCAUCGGAGAAGAUGGGAUAUGCGCAUAUCAAAGUCCCUUCCAUGAGGCGGUUCGUCAGUGAUUCGGGCAAACUGGCUAAAUUGGAUGCUCUUCUUACUGAACUUAAAGCCGGUGGCCACCGCGUCCUGCUGUAUUUCCAGAUGACAAAGAUGAUGGAUCUCUGCGAGGAAUACUUGACAUACCGUCAUCACCGCUACCUCAGAUUGGAUGGUUCGUCGAAGCUUGAGGAUCGUCGUGACAUGGUUUCCGCAUGGCAGACAACACCUGAGAUCUUUGUCUUCAUCCUCAGUACACGUGCUGGCGGUUUGGGUAUUAAUCUUACGGCUGCAGACACUGUCAUCUUCUACGACAGUGAUUGGAAUCCAACAAUUGACAGCCAAGCUAUGGAUCGUGCUCACAGAUUGGGCCAGACCAGGCAGGUGACGGUUUACAGACUAAUUACUCGUGGCACCAUUGAGGAGCGUAUUCGUACGAGAGCCAAGCAAAAGGAAGAGGUUCAACGUGUCGUCAUUCAGGGUGGUGAUCCGGGAGCUAAGAAGAAUACUGUGGAUUUCAAGGGCACACGUGAAGUCGCGACCUGGCUCUUUGAUGACGAGGAAGCUGAACAGCUGGAGAAGACGCUUGAAGCUAAAGAAAAGGAGGCCGAAGAAGCCAAGGCUAAAGGCGGCGCUAAGAGAGGAAAGAAAAAGGCUAAGACCGGCCCAGCUGGCGAAGAACCUAAAGCAAUAAACUUGGAGGAUUUGUAUCACGAGGGCGAAGGCCGCUUUGACGACAGCGGUAAACCUAGCGAAGCUGGAACUCCCGCUGCGAGUGCCGCACCGGUACCAUCGAGCCGAAAGCGCGGUCCGAAGGGCGGGAACAAAAAGAAGACUACUCAGGAACGACUCGCUAUGAUUGACGGUGUGACGAAAUGAGCCCUAGCCUAUCCACUUGCGGCUGUUUUUUGAAUUGCUUUCUCUCUCAUUCGCACAGAGUACAAAAUUGAACCAUUCUUCUUUAUUAUGCCUCUUUUUGCUUUUGUCUUUUAAUCACCUUAGGCGGAGUAUCAAUCAAUUCACAAGUGUACUAUUACUAUUACCUUUUUUCUUUUCUUUCCGUGUCGUUUUUAGCUCUUGGUGGACUCCGAAAAAGGUAUUUGGGUAGAUUCCUGCUAUUUCUUUACUUCCUCGUUUCUUCGCUUUUUUUGAAUUGUCUAGUUCGUUAGAUGUUCUCGGGUUGCAUUUUUCUUGAAUUGUAGGGUUUUCAAAGGGUUUAGGGUGGCUUGAAGGGGAUGUAUGCUUUGCGAAUGGACAAGGGGUGGCUAGGGAUGUAAUUAGUGGGAAUAAUUAACUGAGGGGCUGUUGUCCAGUGUGCUGUGUGAUGUCGGGUGAGA